CUACUUAAGCUGAUCCCCGCGUUCCGACCGUCACGUAGAAGCGGCGAUUCCGUCGAAGUGGAGCGUCGACGACGAUCAAUCGCGAUAAUAAGAAUUAAGUUAUUUUCCGCGCUGAAUCGGCAGUCAAAGUAAAAAUAAUUGUUAAAAUUAUUUCUUAAUAUAUAGUUAUAUUAUUCUUAAUAUAAUGACAUAAAACAGUGAAUGAACGGUUAAUAACGAAUAUGAUCAUUUUCGAGAGAUUUGUAUGGACGGAUAUGUUCUAGUUGUGCAUUCGAACAGACAAGUUUGAAUUGUUUAUAGUUUUUAAGUGUUAUUUACGUCCCGACGAAAAUGGAUUAUUAUCAGGAGGAUUAUCAUGAUUAUCAGAGUUAUAAGGAAUACUGCGAUACAGUCAUGGCUGAGGACGCGCCAGCUCAGAAGUUUAUCAAACCUGGCAGCCACAAGGGCAAAGGCAUCGCCGUGUUCACCAGCGGUGGCGACUCUCAGGGAAUGAACGCCGCCGUACGAGCGGUCGUGAGGAUGGGCAUCUAUCUCGGGUGCAGGGUGUACUUUAUCAGGGAAGGCUACCAGGGCAUGGUGGACGGCGGGAAACAUAUCGAGGAGGCUACGUGGUCGUCCGUGUCCUGCAUCAUUCACAGAGGUGGCACGGUAAUCGGCUCCGCCCGAUGCCAAGAGUUCAGGGACCGUCCCGGUCGCCGACAAGCCGCUAAGAACUUGGUCAACCUGGGGAUAACUAAUUUAGUGGUGAUCGGCGGAGACGGCUCUCUCACGGGCGCCAAUCUCUUCAAGGAGGAGUGGCCCGCGCUUCUGAAGGAACUCGUCGAAUCUGGUGACAUAACCGCCGAGCAGAGCGAGAAGUACAAGCAGUUGCACAUUGUCGGUCUAGUAGGUUCAAUUGAUAACGAUUUCUGCGGUACGGAUAUGACGAUCGGUACCGAUUCCGCAUUGCAUCGUAUCAUUGAGAGUAUCGAUGCUAUCGUUAGCACAGCAUACUCGCAUCAAAGAACGUUUAUAAUGGAAGUCAUGGGUCGUCACUGCGGUUAUCUGGCUCUGGUGGCAGCUAUUUGUUGCGAGGCUGAUUAUGUUUUCAUCCCAGAAUGGCCACCCGAGCAGGAUUGGCCCAACAAGCUGUGUAAAAAAUUGUUGCAGGAAAGGCUUACUGGUCAACGGCUCAAUAUUAUCAUCGUGGCCGAGGGAGCUGUCGACAGAAACGGCGAUCCGAUCACCGCUGAAAAGGUGCACAAGGUCGUUGUAGAUAAAUUGCAGCAGGAUACAAGAAUCACUGUUUUGGGUCACGUACAAAGAGGUGGCAAUCCUUCAGCCUUUGAUAGAGUUUUGGGAUGCCGGAUGGGAGCUGAAGCCGUGAUGGCUUUGAUGGAGGCAACACCCGACACGGAGGCCUGCGUCGUCACGUUGGACGGUAAUCAAGCUGUAAGACUACCACUUAUGGAAUGUGUUCGUCGUACGAAAGCCGUAGCACAAGCCAUGGCCGAUAAAAACUGGGAUCUCGCUGUUCAGCUUCGAGGAAAGGGCUUCGAGCGCAACUUGGAAACGUACAAAACGCUGACUCGUUUGAAAGCGCCGCACCUGAUAGAUGCUGCUAACAGGGAAUUUAACGGCCGCGUGUUCUCGAAGCAAUACACUUUAUGUGGACAAGAUAAUUAUACGUUGGCUGUCAUGCAUAUAGGAUCGCCGUCCUGCGGUAUGAACGCGGCAGUUCGUUCCUUCGUGAGGAAUUGUAUCUACCGAGGUGACAAGGUAUACGGCGUCGGCGACGGAGUGCUGGGCCUAAUAGCUGGUAGGCUGAAAUUGAUGGACUGGCCGUCCGUCACCGGCUGGGUCUCGGAGGGUGGCGCGAAAUUGGGAACGAAGCGCGCACCGCCCACGGAGGAUCAGUUGCCCCAAAUCGCUCAGAAGCUCAAAGAGUUUGGAAUACAAGCGUUGCUUGUCAUAGGUGGAUUCGAGGGUUAUCAGACCUGUCUCACAUUUUUCAAGGCGAGGGAUAAGUACGAGGAGUUCAGAAUUCCUAUCGCUAUGAUUCCCGCGACUAUUAGCAACAAUGUGCCGGGCACCGAGUUUUCAUUGGGCUGCGACACGGCUUCAAAUGAAAUUACGGAGAUCUGUGAUCGCAUUCGGCAAUCGGCGCAAGGUACUAAACGUCGCGUGUUCAUCAUCGAGACGAUGGGCGGUUUCUGCGGGUACCUGGCGACCAUCGCCGGUCUAGCCGGUGGUGCCGACGCGGCGUACAUAUACGAGGAGAAAUUCAAUAUCAAGGAUUUGAACCAAGAUGUGAUCGCGAUGGCGGCAAAGAUGUCGGAAGGCGUGGAGAGGGGCCUUAUUAUCAGAAACGAGAAUGCCAAUGAGAAUUACAAUACGGAAUUUAUGUUCAGACUUUUCAGCGAGGAGGGAAAAGGUCUAUUCAGUUGUAGGAGAAACAUACUCGGUCACAUGCAGCAAGGUGGCUCGCCGACGCCGUUCGACCGUAACUUGGGUACGAAGAUGGGCGCCAAGGCGGUGGAGUGGUUCAGUGACCAGCUGCGAAAGUGCACCAGCCCGGAUGGCAAAACGUUCACUACGGCGGCGGACAGCGCGGUGAUGCUCGGUAUUGUCAGACGCCAGUACCGAUACACGCCAUUCACGGAGCUCAUCGAGGUUACCGAUUUUGAGCAUCGCAUUCCGACAUAUCAGUGGUGGAUGAAGCUGCGCCCGUUGCUGAAAGUACUGGCGAAGCACGAGUCGACGUACGAAGAGGAGGGUCUCUACAUAACCGUCGAGGAGAUGGACGAACAGAAGGAUCCGCCUCUCGUGUAAACCCUGUGAGAUUAAACCCCUUAAAGAGCGCCGCGCGGUAGACAAUGCAAAGCGGAUGUCGCGUGGAUAGUGUAGGCGCCGUUUAUUAAAAGUAUCGCAGUAUUGUAUAAAUAUAUAUUAUGAUAAUUUUACUUCUGCUCGACGAGAAACGGAAUCUUAUGUGUGUUUAUUGAAUUAUUGCAUCUGAAAAAUUCAACUGUGUAUAUUAGUGAUCAUUAUUUAUUUAAGAUCUGUACGCGAAUUUUCAAUGUAUGUACAUAUAAUUCGGGCAACUAGCAGAUGUCAUUGCGAAUAUAUAUACAGGGCAGGGGUGGGGAGGGGGGAACAUUCUUUUAUUUUCUUUUCGAAUGUCUUGUUCGUAUCUUGAACGAGCUCAGGUAAGAAACUGGUACAAAGGUAGUACCUGAAGCAAGCAAAGGUAUCAAGUAAUAAUACCUUUUAUAACGUGUAAUACCUGUCGGUGCAGCUGGUGUCGAUAAAGGCCAACGAGGCACGGAUUACGGUAUUGUUGCAGUAUCUUGCAGUAAUGUUAUAAAUUCGCAUUGUGCGUACAUUGAUGUAUAGUAUUGAAGAUAAAUUAGAAUCGGUAUAUGCGAAAUCUAGUGUAGUAAGAUGUACCAAGUUCAAGCGCUAAAAAAAAGAAAUUAUAAUAAUGGGGCAGAGAAAUCAUUUUUACAAGAUAUCGUAGAAACACUAAAAUGGACUAAAUUGGAGACGUGCAAAACUUACAUUUGAUAUGCUACUCGAACCUAAUGCACACAAUUUUCGCACGUAUAUACAUAUAUAUAUUUAAUUAUCACGUAUUCAGCAACGGAAACGAUUCACUGAAACGUUUAUUGGCGUCAUUAGCAAAUGGUGAUAUUAUUUGUGCAUUUUUGAUGCUUUGGACAUUACGGAUACUUUGUGAGUUGAAGACUAACAGCCUCAAACAUCCCGUUUCGAUAUUCCGCGUUCGCUUGAUUCUUUAAUACAACCGAGUUUAGUUUAAUUUUUUUUUUUUUUUUCAGUUGUAGCACGGAUCGAGAAGUAAAUCAGAUUGAGAGAAAAUUACAAGAGUUUCACAGGUUAAAACAUUCUGAACCGUAUUUGUGGUCUACUAAGGCAUAGGAUUAAAAAGUAAUGCGGCAUUUUGCGUCGGUGAAAGUGUUUUAUCUUUCGGUUUAGCGUUACUCGAAGCUAUAAAAGGCUAUUGGAGAAUAUACCUGUCUACCUCAAAACAUAAUUUUGCAACGGUGAAACGAACGACUCGUAGGAAAAAAAAUUUGACCUGAGUCGGCGCGUUAGUUGCAUGUAACAUUUAAAAAAAUUUUUGCUAAAAUUUAAGGCUUGUGACCACAAAAGUAUUUAGAUUUAAUUCUUUUUCUCUCUUACUCUCUCUCUCUAUCUCUCUCUCUCUCUCUAUCUCUCUCUAUACUCGUAUAUUUAACUUUCGAGAAAGUCGUGCAAGUAUUAAUCUCAUAAUUGUUUUCGGCGUAUAAGAUAGCGUUCGUGUUCUCAUGAGAUUUUAGAACCAGAUCAUUACAUUCUGGUACCAUCGAAAAUUAUCUUGUCUUGUGGAAACUCUUACUCGUGUUCGUGUGGGUUGAUUUGAGUGUCAGAAUAAAAUCACCGACUCGUGAUUUUAACCGGAAUAACACGUAGGGUGGAAAAAGCUUGUGUGCGAUGAGCGUAUAUUAUAAUUUUUUUCAACGUAGUUAACACAGUCUUAAGAAUCGUGGAGCGCUCAACGAUCUUCGUUCGAAUGCUGAUUAGCACGCAAGGCAACACUUAAGAUUGGCUUUAGUAGAUAGCGUUUAAUGCAUGCGAAAACGAAAAUGGUAAAACUUUGAAAGUACAAUAAUGUGCGCAUACAUUACGGUUUACUCGAAUUAGAGUAAUAACGUAAAAAAGUAUACAUAAAUAUAUAUAUAUAUAUAAAUAUAUAUAAAUUAUUUGACAAAUCGCUUGUUUAAAGUCGUUCCGAAGUAUAUGGUGUCUACUAGUAUACGGCAGAUAUAAAAUAGCUCUUGUUGAAAAGCAACAGAAUAAUAUCGCUAAUGACACUUGUUCAAACGAUCACGUAGAAACCUCUUUUAUUUAAUAUCGUACCAAGAGGCUAAAUUGUUGAAACCAAGCGCGACGGAGAUACGAAGGCUCUCGUUAAUUAUCUGUGCAUAAAAUCGUAAGUCGUAAUUGUAAUUUUGUAAUUGGUGUGUUUAUUACAUUGUUCAUACGUUUCGAGAGGCUUUUACUUCGGGACAAGUAUAUUAUAAAUUAUAAUUAAGAAUAUUAAUUUUUAUUUAAAAAAUUUUUAUUUUAAUGUGUAAGUUAACUUCACCUGAUUAAAUUAAUGUUUGAUAUAAAUUGGAUAUAUAUCGAGCUUUUGUUGGUAAAUAAAUCAUGUUUGAUAUCAUUUAAUAUUUGUUUGAUUCGCGUGAAUUGAUCGAAAUAUAUGUAUAUAUAAUUACCGAGCGCUGUAUAUCACACACUACACUAUCCUAGUUGUGUACACAAAAAUGUACAAAUAGCACUUGCGUAAUGUCGAACUGUUAGCUGCCCGUCACUAGCGCAAUAAGAAAAUGAGAUAUAUUAUUUUUAAGAUUUUCAGAGAUAUAUUUUUGACUCAUUGUUGAUCAAUGAAUUUACAUCCUGCCCGCAGCAUAUAUAUGUAUAGUAUUAGAGUUACCGUAUUUAUUUUUCUUCCGACAUUGAAUUCUCGACGUCACUGCGUGCUCUCGACAGUGCAGUAAAUAUAAAAUUGUAAUUCGCCAACAAUUUGGAACGUCCCCGCAAAUCGAUUGUUGCGACGAAACGUCUGAAUUUAGGAGAAACUGCUAUAUAUUACGCUGCACGAUAUUGUAUCUAUGUUGUGAAAUAAACCACCUAUAUCUUCUAAA